UGUGCCGUUCUUGUCACGUAUGGCAGUGACGUCGAGUUUGAUACAUUUGCUAAUAAUUUCGGUGCUCGCAAUGUAUUAUAUGUUGCUAAAAUGCCUUUAAAUCCUUAAGUAGAUAACUAUUCUCGCGGCAGGAUUUGGUAGAAGUACCCACACCGCGGCCACGGAUCGGUACCCAUUCAUAACUCGACAUUCAUAGGCGUGUGCACGGUGCGUGUGUAAGGUGUAUAAAAACGAACUGGUAGCACACAGACAUACAUACAGUGUUAGGCAUUUGGCGUACUAAAGUUUGCGUUUACAUUAGGAAUUUGAAGGUUAAGUGGCGACGGAUAAAAUUUGAGGAUGCGUUUUAGUAACAAUCUUAAUGGCUUCGAUGCUAGGGAUGUGCCCCUAAACGAAAUAUUCGUCAACCGGAGCCUUCACUUGGAAAAUAUCAAGUUCUAUGGUUUCGAUAUGGAUUAUACCCUCGCAGAAUACAAAUCUCCCCAUUACGAAAAGCUUGGCUUCGAUUUAGUAAAGAAACGCAUGGUAUCGAUCGGCUACCCUCAAGAAAUUUUAGAAUUUGAAUAUGACCCAUCUUUUCCGGUCAGAGGUUUAUGGUUCGAUACACUCUAUGGCAAUCUUCUAAAAGUAGAUGCCUACGGGAAUAUUCUAGUAGCCGUUCACGGAUUCGAAUUUCUCAAACACUCACGAAUUUACGAAUUAUAUCCGAACAAGUUCAUAACGCUCGACGAGUCUAGGGUAUACGUUCUUAACACAUUGUUCAACUUGCCGGAAACUUAUCUGUUGGCUUGCCUCAUCGAUUUCUUUACGAAUUCGCCUGAAUAUUCAAAAACCGACACCGGUGUGAAAUGUGGGGAGCUCCUCAUGUCUUACCAGUCGAUAUUUCAGGAUGUCCGAAAUGCAGUCGACUAUGUGCACAUAGGUGGAGAUCUGAAGCAGUGCACCAUUGAGAAUCCGCAAAAGUAUGUGAAAAAAGAUGAUCGCCUGCCGAUGUUCUUGACGCGCCUGCGCGAAAGCGGUGCUAAGACGUUUCUGCUCACUAACAGCGAUUACAACUUCACCGAUAAAAUUAUGACAUACCUUUUCGAUUUUCCGCAUGGGGCAAAGCCCGACGAACCCCACAGAAACUGGAAGACUUAUUUCGAUAUAGUAGUGGUAGAUGCGAGGAAACCUCUGUUCUUCGGCGAAGGAACGAUUUUGAGGCAGGUUGACACUAACACAGGCGGACUGAGGGUCGGUGUUCAUACGGGCCCACUCCAAAAAGAACACGUUUAUUCGGGAGGCUCAUGCGAUGUGUUCACCAAAUUCAUAGGAGCCAAAGGGAAGGAUGUGCUGUACGUAGGGGAUCAUAUUUUCGGCGAUAUAUUAAAGAGUAAAAAGAUUCGAGGGUGGAGAACGUUUCUGAUCGUACCGGAGCUAGUCAGAGAGCUGCAUGUGUGGACCGAUAGGUGGCAGUUGUUCAAUGAGUUGCAGGGUCUGGACGUUAAAUUGGGCGAGAUGUACAAGAAUCUGGACAGCAGCACAAAAGAGAAACCGGACAUUUCAAAAUUGAGAGCGGCUAUCAGAGAUGUGACCCAUAAAAUGGACAUGUCAUAUGGUAUGAUGGGCAGUUUAUUCAGGUCGGGAUCUAGGCAAACCUUUUUUUCUUCUCAGGUUGUAAGAUACGCCGAUUUAUAUGCGGCUACUCAUCUCAAUUUAUUGUAUUACCCGUUUUCGUACAUGUUUCGGGCACCCGCCAUGUUGCUGCCGCACGAAUCGACUGUAGCGCAUGAGCAGCACUUUGUGUCAGAGUAUUCCAACGAUGUUGAGGAACGAAAAAAUCCAAGGGCGGUGUUGGAGAGAGCCCAGAGUCAAGUGCCGCAUGUGAGGCCCGAAACACCUCAAACUGUCACUCAUACUCACGAUGAAGAUUUUAGCGACGACGACAGCGACGAAAAAAAUUCGUCCAAGUCAGGCGAUCGAGCUUAAUUGAGGUUGUUGAGGUUUUUAUUUGCUCAACCUAAAGCAAUUUAGAUUUCAAAGAAUAUAAAAAAUUGUGAUUGAAAUUAACGAUUUGAAAUUAGUAUUUAUUUUAGCGUUUGCCGACUUUGCUGCGCGCUGAAGUUUCGUGUAGGAGCAUUUUUUAACAUCAGUCGUUUUAGUGUUGCGCCUCGGCAAGGCGAAAAUUGUGAUUUUUCAAGAAAAUUAUAGAAUUAGUAUUGGAGAAUGUUUUAAUAUAUUAACGGCAUUUUAUUUACUGUUGCAUAGCACAAUGUGUAAUUUCUUUUUCAAAUAAAAACAAAAAUAUAUUCAUUUGUCUCAAACACUGUAGACUAACAUAUCGGAAGCUGG